AGUAAAUAUGAAAGCAUCUGUAGUUCCAAAAUCAUCAUUUGGAUGUUUUCCAAUAAGUCUAAAAUUCCUUAUCAAACCUAAUAAUAAUUCCAAGUCUCAAACAUCGACAAAACUUCCACCGGCCGUGGCCACAUGGCGGCGCGAGGAGCUGAGGGAGGUGUUCGGUCUGUUCGACAUAGACAAGGAUGGAAAGAUCUCUGCUUCAGAGCUGAGGAAAUAUUUUGAGUCGGUCGGAGAGAUAAUGACCGAUAAAGAGGCGGAAGAGGUGGUGGAAGAGGCGGAUACGGAUGGGGAUAACUUGAUCGAUUUUACAGAUUUUGUAGGGUUCAUGAAAAAUGGAUCAUCAUCAUCUGGGAUUAAUAGUAACAAUAUUAAUAAUGAGGAUGAUGAUGAUGAAUUGAAGACGGCUUUUGAGGCAUUUGAGUUUGAAAGAGGGUCGGGUCGGAUAACACCCAAGGGAUUGCAAAGGGUACUGAGUCGACUCGGUGAUGAUAAGUCCUAUGAUGAGUGUGUUGCCAUGAUAAGGGUGUUUGAUAUGGAUGGAGAUGGGGAACUCGAUUUUUAUGAAUUUCAUCAAAUGAUGGCACCUUAAUUAAUU